GAUUUUUGCUUUGAGAAAAAUUCUGAAGUGUUCUUUUCUUGAUUUUCCAUGCUUAUCCUAAUUUUGUUCCUUUUUUAGCUACAAAAAGUUGGUAUUUUUUCACUAGUAGUCAAUCAAAAUUUUCUCUUUUUCCAGCUACUCCAAGUUCUUGACUUGUAAAAGUAGCAGAAGCUUAAAGAAAAAAAUCAAUUCUUUUUUCUGGUCCUCUUGGGGUAUUUUUCAUACAGAAAAAGUAUUUUUGGUAAUUUGGCAAGAGGGAAAAAAUUUCAAGAUUGUUGCUUUGAGAUAAAUGCUGAAGUGUUCUUUUCUUGAUUUUCCAUGCUUAUUUUAAUUUGGUUCCUUUUUUAGCUGCACAAAGUUGGUAUUUUUCCACUAUUGAUCAUCAAAAUUACUAAGAAGCAGAAACUUAAAGCAAAAAUCAAUCUUUUUUCUAGCCCUCUUGGAGGAUUUUUCAUAAAGAAACAGUAUUUUUGGUAAUUUGGCAAGAGGCAAAAAAUUUCAAGAUUUUUGCUUUAAGGAAAAUGCUCAAGUGUUUUUACAUAUUUAAAGAUAAAUCAAGGUCACGUAGAGGGAAAUCAGCACCAGAAUUGAGUAAUGAAAGAGGUGGUAAUAAUACAGAUGGGAAUAGGGUAACUAGGUCUACAGGUUCAGUUUCAUCUGCUAGAAGUAUACCAGAAAUGUAUAAAGAAAGAGAGCACAAUUUGAGAGUUUUUACUCUAUCAGAGCUUAAAGAGGCUACAAGGAAUUUUAAUAGGAUGUUAAAGAUUGGAGAAGGUGGUUUUGGUAGUGUAUAUAAAGGUUCAAUUUUGCCUCCUAAUGGGAAAGGUGAUCCUAUUAUUGUUGCCAUUAAGAGGUUAAACACACUUGGAUUGCAGGGCCACCGACAAUGGAUUGCAGAAGUACAAUUCCUCGGUGUCUUGGAGCACCCUAACCUUGUUAAACUUCUAGGAUAUUGCGCUACAGAUGGGGAAAGAGGGAUUCAACGCCUCUUGGUUUAUGAAUACAUGCAAAAUAAGAGCUUAGAGGAUCAUCUGUUCAACAGAUCUGUGCCAGUAGUUCCUUGGACAACAAGAUUGAAAAUUAUCCUUGGUGCCGCACAAGGGAUGGCUUAUCUGCAUGAGGGACUAGAAGUCCAGGUGAUAUAUCGAGAUUUCAAGUCAUCAAAUGUGCUUCUGGAUGAGGAUUUUAAUGCAAGGCUUUCAGAUUUUGGGCUUGCAAGGGAAGGGCCAGCUGGUGACCGCUCUCAUGUGUCUACAGCGCCGGUGGGGACUUUAGGAUAUGCUGCACCUGAAUAUGUGGAAACUGGACAUCUAUCGGUUAAGAGUGAUAUAUGGAGCUUCGGUGUUGUCCUCUAUGAGAUCCUCACAGGCAGGCGAACUUUGGAACGGAACUUUCCUGUGGUGGAGCAGAAGCUUCUUGAUUGGGUAAAACAAUUUCCUGCUGAUAGUAGAAGAUUUAGCAUGAUAAUUGACUCAAGGCUUCGAAACGACUUCUCACUUGUUGCUGCUAGGAGAAUCGCAAAACUGGCUGAUAGCUGCUUAAACAAGAACGCCAAAGAGCGGCCAAAAAUGAGUGAAGUAGUUGAGAUAUUGACACAGGCAGUACAAGAAUCACAAGAAACAACUUCGGUUGAAGUCACUGGUGCAGGUCCAUCUAGGCCUAUGCAACUUCCCUCGCCUAAAGAUCUCAAAAAGAAGACCGUCGCUGAAACUGCACGACGAAUGACCCCCUUAGCUCAGGCUUGAAUGCUCAACAGAUCGCGGAUCAAACUGAUUUCAGUCUCAAAAUUCAGAUCCUUAUGCACGAAACGAGUAAAUUUUUUCUAUAUAUAUAUAUAUAUAUGUGUAUGUUAAGUAAUAUUCUUUGGCAAAAGAAAGGGGCUCUUCACAUGUCCCCUUAGUUCUUUUUGAUACAGUAUGUUCUAGGAAGAGUAUGGCAAAAGGAGGGAGCUUAUCUUUUCUGUAUGAGUGAUACGAGCACUUGUAAACUCCAUAGUUAGGACCAGUACUCACUAGUGUGUGUGUGUGUAAAUACUAAAUCAUUUGUUAUCAAAGUAACAAAUUUUGUGUUGGGA